AUGCCGUUACCUCUCUCCGUCGCAGCUCCAGCUGCCCUUGCGGGCCUGAGCUAUGUAAAUGCAAAAACCUCACUAUGGUACGACUGGCUGCUGAUAAAAUCCAUUGUUCCCACCGCCCUCUCGGGAGCAAUCCGCGAAAUGCGGGAUCGCCUGAACAGCUUCUAUGUCCUCGAGUCGAAUGCAAAGAGCUCCUCCACCGCAAACAUCACUUUUCUCAAGUUUGAGGGUAAGGAGUACACCUAUGCCGAGGCCUACACCAUCGUGCUGAGGUAUGGCGCCUGGCUGCGCCAAAAGCACGGCGUCAAGCCCAAGGACAUCGUGGCCAUGGAUUUUGAAAACUCCGACACUUUUGUCUUUCUAUGGUUUGGUCUCUGGUCCAUUGGCGCGAAACCCGCCUUUAUGAACUACAAUCUAAGCGGCGCCACCCUGGCCCACUGCGUGAAAUCCUCGGAUGCCUCGCUGCUGCUCGUCGAUCCUAACGUCGCCGCCAAGGUCACCGAUGAGGUGCGAAAAGAGUUGAGCAAUGUUCGCAUCGUCGAAUUGACCCCCGAUGCCGAGCGCGAGAUUCUCACUACCGAUCCUGAGAGGCGUCCGGAUUCCGACAGGUCCGAGGAUUUCGGGCAUAAUUUGGCUAUUCUCAUUUACACUUCGGGCACUACGGGUAUGCCCAAGCCCGCUAUUGUGUCCUGGACGAAGUGUAUCUCGGGUGGUGGAUUCGUCUCUCGAUGGUUGGGUUGGAGACCGGGUGAUGUUUUCUAUACGGCAAUGCCUCUGUAUCAUAGUUCUGCCGCGCUCUUGGGACUUCUCAACGCCCUUGAAGCCGGUAAGACUAUCGCCCUUGGCAGGAAAUUUUCUACCAGCCAUUUCUGGGACGAAGUACGAGCCACAGACGCCUCUAUAAUUCAAUACGUCGGCGAGAUGUGCCGCUAUCUGCUCAAGGCCCCUCCACAGAAAGAUGAAAAGACGGGCGAGAAUUUGGAUAAGAAGCACAGGGUGCGAACGGCUUUCGGAAACGGUCUUCGACCUGACGUGUGGGCCGAGUUCAAGGACCGCUUCGGCAUCGAUGCCAUUGGCGAGUUCUACGCUGCGACAGAAGGCCCAAUGGCCACAUUCAACUUUAGCAGGAAUGACCUUACCAAGGGCGCAAUAGGCCGAAACGGCUGGCUCUACGAUUUGGUCAUGUCCUUCCGCGUGGCCCUGGUCGAGGUCGACAUGGAUCAGGACGCUCCCUGGCGAGAUCCCCAGACGGGACGGUGCAAGAGGGUCACCCCCGGUCAGCCCGGAGAGUUGCUGUUCAAGCUUCCCAAGGACACCCAGAAAAAGUUCCAGGGUUACUUCAAGAAUUCCAAGGCGACGACUUCCAAGGUUCUACGGGAUGUCUUCUCCAAGGGCGAUGCCUGGUUCCGCACCGGCGACUUGGUCAUCUGGGACAACGAUGGCCGCAUCUUCUUUGCCGAUCGCAUCGGCGACACUUUCAGGUGGAAGAGCGAGAACGUGUCGACGGCCGAAGUUAGCCAGAUUUUGGGUUCGCACCCGGCCGUCCAUGAGGCCAACGUCUACGGCGUUCAGUUGCCCCACCACGACGGACGCGCUGGCUGCGCCGCCGUGGUUCUUAAUGGCGCACCCGACGAGGUUGUCCUGCGCAGCAUCGGCGAGCACGUCACGAGAAACCUCCCGGGGUACGCGCGGCCGAUAUUCCUCCGCCUCAUGCCCGAGAUGGAAACGACGGGGACGCACAAACACCAGAAGCAUAUCCUCCGGACAGAGGGGGUGGAUCCUUCGAAGGUGGAUCUGAGUGCCGUGUUUUGGUUACGGGAUCAGAGGUACGUCCCGUUCAAAGAGAAGGACUGGAAGAUGAUUUCCGAAGGUGCAGCCAAGCUGUGA